AGUCUGCGCCGCACCCCGAGCCGCAGCCAUGGCCGCCUACAAGCUGGUGCUGAUCCGGCACGGCGAGAACGCCUGGAACCUGGAGAAUCGUUUCAGCGACUGGUACGACGCCGACCUGAGCCCGGCCGGGCACGAGGAGGCGAAGCGCGGUAGGCAGGCGCUGCGAGAUGCUGGCUAUGAGUUUGACAUCUGCUUCACCUCAGUGCAGAAGAGAGCAAUUCGGACCCUCUGGACAGUGCUGGAUGCCAUUGACCAAAUGUGGCUGCCAGUGGUGAGGACUUGGCGCCUUAAUGAGCGACACUAUGGGGGUCUGACUGGCCUCAAUAAGGCAGAAACUGCUGCCAAGCACGGUGAGGCCCAGGUAAAGAUCUGGAGGCGCUCCUAUGAUGUCCCACCACCUCCGAUGGAGCCCGACCAUCCCUUCUAUAGCAACAUCAGUAAGGAUCGUAGGUAUGCAGACCUCACUGAAGAUCAGCUGCCCUCCUGUGAGAGUCUGAAGGACACUAUUGCCAGAGCUCUGCCCUUUUGGAAUGAAGAAAUAGUUCCCCAGAUCAAGGAGGGGAAACGAGUACUGAUCGCAGCCCAUGGCAACAGCCUUCGGGGCAUUGUCAAGCACCUGGAGGGUCUCUCCGAGGAGGCUAUCAUGGAGCUGAACCUGCCGACUGGCAUUCCCAUUGUCUAUGAAUUGGACAAGAACUUGAAGCCCAUCAAGCCAAUGCAGUUCCUGGGUGAUGAAGAGACCGUGCGUAAAGCCAUGGAGGCUGUGGCUGCCCAGGGCAAGGACAAGAAGUGAGGUCGAGCAGCAGAUAACUUUCCCAAGGAUUACCCUUCCUCCCAAGCCCAUCCAUUCCUCUGCACCUCUCCCCUGCACAUGUCACACUGACGACAUCUGUAGGCAUCUUAAGCUGUAGCUGCAGAUGGGGAGCAGCGGCUCCCAAUUUCAUUUUAGCCAUUUUAUCUCUUGCACCCACUCCCUUCAUACAGUCUAGUCAGAAUGGCACCUCUGGGACAUGGUCCUCAGUCCAAGCUAAGGGAAGACUUAUCCAAGAGCGUUGUAACUGGGGCAGGGCAUUGCUAGUGGUUUAUUACUAAGGACCUGCUUGAGUAGGGGAUAGGGAGGAACCAUGCCAAGGUGUGACCAAUGAGGAGAAGCAAGAGAGCCUAUUUGUGUUCCCAGAGGCUAGCUGGGCACUGUUCUGUUCAGGUGACUGGGGGCUUUAGUCAUUCCAGUGGAAGAUGAAUGUAACCUGCAUGGUGAUUCAAUCAAACACUUCCUCCCUGACUCCAAAAGAUUGGGAUCAAUCCUGAAUGUUUAUGUGUUGCAUUUACUUUUACAAAAGAAAAAUUUAUAUGUAUAUA